AGAGAGAACCCCCUACUGGCCAAUGGAGCAGUCCAAACACACUAUCGCAAGGGAUGCUGGUAGUACAAGUCCCGCUGUGUACGGAAAGACCAGCUGACUGGGAUUUGAACUUGAGAGGGCGACGCCACGGCCUUCUAGUGAGGCCGGCGUUUCUUGACGUUUUAUUACUCUCCUUAAGCUUCUAUUGCAUCGAAGGAAGACAUGCAACCGAUGACUCCUGAAGGUACAUUUUUCAGAGGCGCUCGACCGACGUCCGUCGACGUGAGAUGAGGGGGAACCUGGGUCUGUAGCAAGACUGGACAAGAUGCGCCUGUCCAGAUGUCAGUGCAUCCUGAUUGUCGCGGUUCUGUUCAACGCCUUCAUCUUGUGUUGUCUGGUGGUUCUACAGCUCAGACUGGAGAAUGUGAACCAGGAAGACGCCAUAGUCGACGUCAAGUCCAGGAAACAGGGUCCAGUCAAGGUCAUGGAGCGUGCCAUGUCAAGUUCAAUCUCUGAGAGAGUGACUGUGGUCAUCAGAGAGUUUGAAGACUUUGAAAACCAAGUUGCAGAAACAGUCAAGUCGAUUUUACAUCUGGAUGAAUAUAUACGCAUCGUCAUUGCUGUGGACAAAGCCCCAUACCCACCCUUGACCCUUCCAGAAGACGGUGAUGUGAAAGUUGUGUCCAUGAAGACUUCACUGGACAGACAUCCAAAUGUCUCUUGUCCGGAGCGAUUUGUGGAUACAGAGUUUGUUCUCUUGGUGCCAGAUGGAACGAUUAUAACCUCGCCUAAGCAGGUGGAGAAAGUCCUGAGUGCAUUUCACUCUCGGCGUGGAGAUGUUCGUAUGGUCGCAGCGAAAGUCGGCGGAGAGAUGACGUCGCAAUGCUUUGACAUGGAUGUGAACUUGAAACAGUGGACGUUAACGUACAUGCAGGGAGGUGCCGCACAAGAUACCUGUAACGGGUUGGAUGGAAGUCACAUCAUUUUGAUGAGGACAGCUGAUUUUCAUUCCCUAAGUCGGCCCUACCACAGACCUUUCCCUCAAAGUCUCUUCAUUCAGACCGCCUUGCGAGGGUGGAAGCUUGUACAAGUGCCAGCUAGUACCAUUCCAGCUAAAAAGCUAUUCACAGACCCUCACAACCAAUGGAAACAUCAAACCAGACAUGACAGCAGAUUGAAAGCCAUGUACGAGGAGUUUGGUAUUAAGAAGGUGAGCUGGAGUAAUGGGAAUGUAGAGUGGUACGGCUGUAGGAAGGAAACCGCCAGGUGUUUCGGGACAGUUGUGGACGAUAUGCCGGAGUACUUAUACGAGAACCGGUGGACACCGCCAUGUUGUCUCCGGGCUCUUCGGGAGACGGCAAGGCACGUCUUCCGUGUCUUACAAAAAUGCGGAGCUCGGUAUUGGUUGGAAGGAGGGAGCUUAUUGGGGGCAGCCCGCCAUAAUGACAUCAUCCCAUGGGACUAUGACAUUGACCUUGGAAUUUACAGGGAUGACAUUGAUAAAUGCCUGCCAUCUGAUAUGUUGCAUCAGGGGUCCUACACAGACAGUGAGGGAUUUGUUUGGGAAAGAGCCACAGAGGGGGAAUUCUAUCGGAUACAGUACAGCGCUCAGAACCACCUACAUGUAGACAUUUGGCCGUUCCACCCUCAGAAUGGAGUUAUGACCAGAGGACUUUGGACACAGUCACACAGACAAGACAUAGACUUUCCCGAACACUUCCUCGUGCCACUAAAAACUGUGAAGUUUUUGGAAAUGCAGGUGUCAGCUCCAAAUGAUGUGAAAGGGUUUCUAGAGCUCAAGUUUGGAAAAGGAGUGAUAGAAAAUCCACAGUAUCCACAACCAAACAAGGUCCAAAUGUAGCUUUUCCAUCCCUUGUCACAUUGUAGCUCACUGGAAACAUUGAGUAUCAUGGGUACAAUAAUAAGAUACAAUGUUAACAAUAAUAGCAAAAUACUACUAUUGACUUUUGUAAUGAAAGUAGGACUGAUUUUACAAUUGCAAGUCAUUACUUCUCGAAUGUGCUGUUAAGGCUUUUAUUCAAAGCAAAAAUAAUUGUUGAGAGAUAGUAUAGCUCCAUUUGUGUCAAAUGUGGAAAUUGCUUCAGUAAAGAAAUGGAUACUGGCAUCAUGCAAAGUGGACUAACAAACUACACCUUUUGUACAUACGAGUUACUAUCUAUAUGUUGCAUGUACAGGUCAAUAAAAUGAUGGGAAGAAGGUCCCAAA